AUGAACAGCAUUUGUAUCAACAAUAGCGAUGAACACUCGAUAGCCCCUUGUACUCCUAUGGUAAAGCGAAAUACAAAGAUGGCGGAGAAGGGUGCAACAGUUAAAAUCAAAGUGAGGCAGAAAAAUAGCGAAGGAGAGUUGCAAGAAAUGACUUGCGAGAUGAAUGAAGAAUUGGCUAUUUUCUUGAAUAGCCCAAAUGGGGAUCCAGAGACUAAAGAAUCAAUUGUUAAAAUGAUUUUUGAUACCCAAGCCCCCCAAGUGGAACAAGGUCCUGAAACUCCUGACAGUGUCCUACAUACAGCGGAAACAGAAGAUAGUGAUCAAAAGGUUCACAUAUGGAGUGAAACUGAAGAAAAGCAGCUAAUUGCACUACGAACAGAAAUGGAUGAUGCCUUCUACAAAAACAAAAAUCAUGAAACAUUAUGGCAAAAGAUUUUUGAGAAUAUGAAUUCGGCCGGAAUUAAAGUCACCAAGCAGCAGAUCAUGAAUAAGUGGAGAAAUCUGAAAAGAAAAUAUAAAGAAACCAUUGACUUAAACAAGAAAACUGGUAAUGAGAAGCAUGAAUUCAAGUACCAAAAUGAAUUUGAUAAUUUGUUUGGACAUAAGGCAUCAACGAAAGCAGCAGUGUCAUUUGACAGUGGUGUAAAUGCAGAAGAAAGCAAGAAUAAAAGAGAGAUUGAUAAGAAAGCAACACGACCCAGAAAGCGUUCUGCAGAAAAUCUGCUAAUGAAAAUGGAAAAUAUGAACAAGGAAAUGAGAGAACAGAUGGAGCGGCAUCAGGAGGAAAAGCUCAGACGCUUUGACAGAUUGCUUGACAUCAUUGAAAAACAGGGUCAAAAAUGAUAUUUUUAAAGUUGACAUGUCUUCCACUCGACACAUUGGUUUCCUUUUUUUUUUUUUUGAAGAAAUACAGUUAGUAAAAAAGAAUUCUUUAUUCAGAAACCAUUUUGUAUAUGAAGUUUAAUAGGCUUUUUUGUUGAGUUUAUGACCAUAAAAACAAUGAAUAACGUCAUAAUGUGCCCAAAUUUAUCUGGAAGUGAGAAAUGAAACAGAUAAAUUGACUAUUUGAUUUUAACAGAAAUGGCUACUUUCUAUUAUUUACAAUGAAUGACGGCUGUACUUUUGGGGAAGUAAAAGGAUCGGUUUUUUAUUUUGUUUGACUAAUAGAAAUGUCAUUAUGAUUGUUUUUGUUUGUUGUUGUUUAUAUCUUGAUUUUGUUA